UGACACUGAAAAAUGGGACCAUCUUGUGCAGAAUACCAGCACACAAUGGUCAAACAGUGACAACGAUGGAAGCUUAUCCUGAAAGAGGCUGCCUCCUCUCUGCAGGUGAGGACAAGACAGUAGUGGUGUGGCUGGUGAAUCCCUGCAUUUCAGAAUGUCUCACCAAACAGAUGAGCCUGUAUUGCGGCCAGCCUCACGUGUACCUGGCAGUGCUGGGACCUCGGUUAGCCCUGACCUUUGAAGAACCUGCCAGUGGCACCUAUAGCCUGAUGCACUUCAACUUCACUGACCAGACUCAGACCGAUCACCCACCCAGAGAAGAGCAUUUAGACCACUUUACAGGACUUUGUGUGUGUCCUGACCUGGAGGUAUUUGUCUCCAGUAGUCUUGAUGGGACAGUGCACAUCUGGAAUGAAGAGAAUCGUCUGAUCAGUACACUCCAGUUGAAUGCAGUACCUGAGUGUAUUGCUUAUAGUGGGUUCGGAGAAGUGUUACUGGGCAUCAGAGGGAGCCUGUACAAGAUGAACUGUGCAAAGUUUCUGCCACGCUAUUACCAGAAAAUGUUGUUUUAUACAUAUCAUGGUGACCUGCUUCCUGACUUACCAAUCACUAAAACUGACGAAUCCCCCAAAACACAGACAGUGGAAAGAGUCCAAAAUGAGGAACAUGAGAGCUUGGUGAACCUGAGCAGGGACCUAGCAGCGCUUCUACAAGGAACAGUGAAGUGCACAAAACCAAAGCCUCCCAGCACUAAAGAAACCAGGAAAGAAGCCUUUAACCGCUACAUGAAAAUGAUAUAUGGGCUGCCUUACAAUAUUAAGGGUGACUUGGAGGACAGCUUUGAUCCAGAUAUGUAUUCAUUCGAUCCUGUACCAUAUACCAAACCAUGUGACGUUCCUGCUAUAGCAGAGGAUGUUUCCCCUAAAAUAAACAUUCCUGUUCAAGUAGAGAAAAAGAAGAUCAAGGUAACAAUUUAGGAUCGCCUUUUGGAAUUCAGACAU